CCCCCUUAUCUGUUUUCCCAUCUUUCUUUUCCUUCUUCAUCAUUCCCCUUCUUUUUUUCAUUCCCAUUUCUCAAAUCAAUUGAGAUCCUCCUUCACCCCAAAACCCUAAUCCCAAUUCAACCAUGACAAACACAAAGAUUCAAUUUUGAAUCCCUUUCUCGAUUCAUUCAAUCUCUCUCUCUCUCUCUCUCUCUCUCUCUCUCUCUCUCUCUCUCUCUCUCUCUCUCUCUCUCUCUCUCUCUCCAAUGGGUGCAGCUUCAAUGAUUUGGAAUCCAGACCUAAUCCACUAUCUCUGCAUUGCAAAAUCCACAACAAUUCUCGCACAUCACAUCAAAAAUUCCAAAGAUUCAUCCACCAUAGAAACAUUAGCAUCCAAAUGCCUAGAAAAUUCCCCUCCCAAUCACUCCUUUUUCUCCCACACCGUUAAUAACCGCACCUACACUUUCCUAAUCGCACCCCCCUUCGUCCUCUUCGCAAUCUUCGAUCACCAACUUCUCAAACCCCACGCUCUCGCUUUUCUCAACCGUAUCAAAUCCUCCCUCAUCGAAGCCCUUGACAAAAAUGACAACUUUACCCCUUUCUCCCUUCAGCCCCAAUUCGAUUCCGUUCUCAAUGAAACCCUAAGUUUCUAUGACCUUUCUUCUAAUCCCGGUAGCUCGGUGAUGUCGCCGACGACUUCGCGAACUCUCCUCGUGAAGCCCGAUGAAGGAUUGAAGAAAAAGAAGAGAAUUGUGGAUGAUGGUAAGGAAGCUGCAAUGGUGGAUUUGUCUUCGGACGAUAACAGUUCGUUGCCGUUUUCGAAGAUCAAUGAUCGUCAGAAAGCGAAGCGUGUAUGGAAGAAACACGUGUGGGUUGUUUUGAUGCUGGAUUUGUUUGUUUGCGCUGUUUUGUUUGUGAUUUGGUUAUGGGUUUGCAGCGGUUUCAAAUGCAUGGCUUAUUGAAACAAAGAUUCAAACAAAAAAAAUGGAAACUUUUUUACUUUCUGUUGUUUUUUUUUUUCUCUUCUCUGAAGGGAUUUUUAACUUCUGGUUUAAACACAGAUUAAGCAGAUGAAAAUGCAGGGAAUACAUGUUGUAUUAAUGGGGAUAACCGGUUUCUGUAGGUAAAUUGGGGUUUUUGGGUUGCUUAUUUAUUCAUCAGUUUUUUAUGUAUUUUUUUUCUCUAUUUUUUUUCUUGAUGGAUAUUGCAAUCCUAAGAUCUCUGUAUUUUCCGGACCCUGGUUUGAUUAUGUUAUGUUUCAUAUACUUUUAUGAGAAAUUACAGAUUCCUGAUU